CUAUAUCACCGCAAUAGCUUUUGCGCGAGUAAGACAGAUGCCGAGUAGAACGACGACAUGCUGCGUUUUAGAUCAAUCAGUUUCUUAUUAAAUAUGCGAAUAUUUUACUCUUAAUCAUUUACCACGCUUAAUAUACAGGUAGAUUAAGUACACGUGUGUACCUGAAACUGCUGUUGUUUGCGUUUUGUCAUUGAGUUUUAAUCGGAAAGAUCGGGAGCACAGACAGUCAUGUCAGUGACAGGUGAGUUGGACUCGCUGGAAUCCAGUCCUGCUUCUCAUCAGUCCAGUGGUCUGAGUGGAAGGACCCUGACUUCAGAAGAGCUGGAGAAACUCAGGAGUGACCGCGUCUUAGUCUCGGACUUUAAGCAGCAGAAACUCGAAAUGGAUGCUCAGAAAAACUGGGACUUGUUUUAUAAAAGAAACACGACGAACUUUUUCAAAGACAGGCACUGGACUACCAGAGAGUUUGAAGAACUGAAAAACUGCAGAGAGUCUCAGGGGCAGAAGCUGGUGUUAUUGGAGGCUGGCUGUGGGGUUGGAAACUGUAUUUUCCCUCUUCUGGAAGAGGAUCUCAGUAUCUUCAUUUAUGCUUGUGACUUCUCUCCACGAGCUGUUGAGUUUGUGAAGCAAAAUGCCUUGUAUUGCACCGAGCGAUGCCUUGCGUUUCAGUGUGACCUCACUAAAGAUGAUCUCCAGGCCACCAUACAAGUGGAGACAGUGGAUGUAGCCACAUUGAUAUUUGUUCUGUCUGCAAUUCAUCCUGACAAGAUGCAGAAAGCCCUGGAACAGAUUUAUAAGGUGCUGUGUGUGAGGAACAUGAGGAAAAAGUGA